AUGUGGUUUUUCUGUAAGGGUCCCACUCCCACCCGUCCCUCACCCCCGUCCACCAUCCCCCGUCCCUCACCCCCGUCCACCAUCCACCGUCCCUCACCCCGUCCACCAUCCCCGUCCACCAUCCCCCGUCCCUCACCCCGUCCACCAUCCCCCGUCCACCAUCCACCGUCCCUCACCCCCGUCCACCAUCCACCGUCCUCACCCCCGUCCACCAUCCCCGUCCACCAUCCCCGUCCCUCACCCCCGUCCACCAUCCCCAUCCCCCGUCCCUCACCCCGUCCCUCACCCCCGUCCACCAUCCCCGUCCCUCACCCAUGUCCUCACCCCCGUCCCUCACCCCCGUCCACCAUCCCCGUCCUCACCCUCGUCCCUCACCCCGUCCACCAUCCCCGUCCCUCACCCCCGUCCACCAUCCCUCGUCCACCAUUCCCCACCCACCAUCCCCUGCCCACCAUCCCCCAUUCCUCACCCCCGUCCCUCACCCCCGUCCACCAUUCCCCACCCACCAUCCCCGUCCACCAUCCCCCGUCCCUCACCCCCGUCCACCAUCCCCGUCCACCAUCCCCCGUCCCUCACCCCCGUCCCUCACCCCCGUCCACCAUCCCCGUCCACCAUCCCCCGUCCCUCACCCCUGUCCACCAUCCCCAUCCUCACCCCCCGUCCCUCACCCCCCGUCCACCAUCCGGCAAAGCCGUCUCCUCCUUUUAG